CAAAGUGACCCCAAAUCUACCUUAACCUGUAUUUCUAGACAAGUGAAUUUCACACGCAGUCCAAUCCAGCUCCAGCUCCAGCUCCAGCUCCAGUCAUACCUCAAGACCCAGAUCCCCCAAGAGACCAGCAUCAAAUAAAAUGUCCCGCAACUUCAUCCCCGUCGCCCUAGCCAUCGGCGCCGGCGUCUGCACCGGAUACUAUGCGUUCCAGCCUGCGCUGCAGGAACUACAGGCUGAGCGGGAGGGGAAGGUGAAUGCGGUUCCUUCGGUUUCGGGCUCAUCGCAACAACAACAGCAACAACAACUUCCUACGCCUCAGAGUGCGGGGGGAGCUUCGGAGGUGGGGAAGUCGGCGGGUCAGUGAGAGGGUUUUGGUUGAUUGGGGAAUGAUUUACGAUAUGAGGUUAUUAUGUCGACGGGCUCUGUUCGAUGGUGCUUGUCGCAUGCUGCUGGGCGGUGCGGUGAGUGUCUGUUCUUGUGGAACGGACGGCGCUGGGUCUUGGGAUACUGGACUUGAAGUUGCGGAGUGUCUGCUGGUAGGAGACGUCCAUCCGUCAUGCUGCUGGCUUCUAUGAUGAGGAUGAGAAUAAGCAUGUUGGGGUCGAGGACAACGUUUCUGCCUCGGUUCAACCUCAAGGGAGCUAUAGCUAUCGUUGCACAUGCUGCGAGG